UGCUUCAGUGCUUGAAGCCUGCCCCAUUCCAUUCUGGUCAUGUUCCAUGGGGUGCUCUGACACGAAUACCUGGAUGUAAAUCCUGGCUUUACUGCUACUUAACUUUGUAAGUGAAUCAGGCAGGUGAUUUGGCCUCAUCAAGUCUUGGUUCUCUUGUAAGGAGGGAAUAUUAUCAGAACUGGCCCUACAGGAUGAUUAGGAGGACUGAAUGGGGCCUGCACGGAAGGGAAUGUCUCAGGACCCGGCCUGUAGGAGACAUGUCCAUCGAGCCUCAUUGUCAAUGUCAUCCCGAAGGCCUCAGUGUUGCAAAUCUGGAAGCUGAAGCUCUGCCCCCAGGUGGUAAUCACACUUGUAGGUGUGCAGCCUCCUGGCGUGUGAGCAGAGGGACAUUUGAUAAAAUUCUUGUUGCUAAUAGAGGAGAGAUUGCAUGUAGGGUUAUUAAAACUUGCAAGAAAAUGGGCAUUAAGACGGUUGCCAUCCACAGCGAUGUUGAUGCAAGUUCUGUUCACGUGAAAAUGGCGGACGAGGCUGUCUGUGUUGGCCCAGCUCCCACCAGUAAAAGCUACCUCAACAUGGAUGCCAUCAUGGAAGCCAUUAAGCAAACCAGGGCCCAAGCUGUCCAUCCAGGUUAUGGAUUCCUUUCAGAAAACAAAGAAUUUGCCAAGUGUUUGGCAGCAGAGAACGUCGUUUUCAUUGGCCCUGACACACAUGCUAUUCAGGCCAUGGGGGACAAGAUUGAAAGCAAAUUAUUAGCUAAGAAAGCAAAGGUUAACACAAUCCCUGGCUUUGAUGGCGUAGUAAAGGAUGCAGAUGAAGCUGUCAGAAUUGCAAGGGAAAUUGGCUACCCUGUCAUGAUCAAGGCCUCAGCAGGUGGCGGCGGGAAAGGCAUGCGAAUCGCUUGGGAUGAUGAAGAGACCAGGGAUGGUUUUAGAUUUUCCUCUCAAGAAGCAGCUUCUAGUUUUGGUGAUGAUAGAUUACUAAUAGAAAAAUUUAUUGACAACCCUCGUCAUAUAGAAAUUCAGGUCUUAGGUGACAAACACGGCAAUGCUUUGUGGCUCAACGAAAGAGAGUGUUCCAUUCAGCGCAGAAAUCAAAAAGUGGUGGAGGAGGCACCAAGCAUUUUUCUAGAUUGUGAGACUCGCAGAGCGAUGGGCGAGCAGGCCGUGGCUCUGGCCAGAGCAGUGCAGUACUCGUCCGCGGGAACCGUGGAAUUCCUCGUGGACUCCAAGAAGAAUUUCUAUUUCUUGGAAAUGAAUACCAGACUCCAGGUUGAGCAUCCUGUCACCGAAUGCAUUACUGGUCUGGACCUAGUCCAAGAAAUGAUCCGUGUUGCCAAGGGUUACCCUCUCAGGCACAAACAAGCUGAUAUUCCCAUCAACGGCUGGGCAGUUGAAUGUCGGGUCUAUGCUGAGGACCCCUACAAGUCCUUCGGUUUACCGUCCAUUGGGAGAUUGUCUCAGUACCAAGAACCAGUACAUCUACCUGGUGUCCGGGUUGACAGCGGCAUCCAGCCAGGAAGUGAUAUUAGCAUUUAUUAUGAUCCAAUGAUUUCAAAACUAGUCACCUACGGUUCUGACAGAACGGAAGCACUGAAGAGAAUGGAAGAUGCCCUGGAUAAUUACGUUAUUCGAGGUGUUACACAUAAUAUUUCUUUACUUCGAGAGGUGAUAAUCAACUCACGCUUUGUGAAAGGAGACAUCAACACUAAAUUCCUCGCUGAUGUGUAUCCUGAAGGCUUUAAAGGACACAAGUUAACCAAGAAUGAGAGAAACCAAUUAUUGGCAAUAGCAUCGUCAUUGUUUGUGGCAUCCCAAUUAAGAGCACAGCAUUUUCAAGAUCAGGAAAAUUCAAGAGUGCCUAUUGUAAAACCACAAGUGGCUAGCUGGGAGCUCUCCAUACAACUGCACGAUGAAGUCCACACUGUCAUAGCAUCAAACAGCGGGUCAACCUUCUCCGUGGAAGUUGAUGGGUCGAAACUAAAUGUGAACAGCACGUGGAACCUGGCUUCACCCUUACUGUCUGUCAACGUGGAUGGCAUUCAGAGGACGGUACAGUGUCUUUCUCGAGAAGCGGGUGGGAGCAUGAACAUUCAGUUUCUUGGUACAGUGUACAAGGUGCACAUCUUAACCAAACUGGCUGCAGAACUGAACAAAUUUAUGCUGGAAAAAGUGGCGGAGGACACGAGCAGCAUUCUGCGCUCUCCGAUGCCUGGCGUGGUGGUGGCCGUGUCUGUGAAGCCCGGGGACAUGGUAGCAGAAGGUCAGGAAAUUUGUGUGAUUGAAGCUAUGAAAAUGCAGAACAGUAUGACAGCUGGGAAAACUGGCAAGGUGAAGUCGGUGCAGUGUAAAGCUGGAGACACCGUGGGCGAAGGAGAUCUGCUGGUGGAGCUGGAGUGAAGUCUUUCUAGCCUUUCCGGCAUCCCCCGGUCUAAUUAGCCGUUUGCAUCCGUUUCCUUCACACUCAAUUUCUUCAGGCGCUUCUGCGGGGACACCCCUGUGCAGCAGAUUUCACACGGUCAUAUUUAUUCCACAUAUAGUCAAAACCAACAUUCUGCCAAAAAAUCACCAAUGGAAAUCUUUAUUGAUAUAAAUACUUGUACAUAUGAUUUGUACUUCUGCUGUGAGAUUUCCUAGUGUCAAAAUUAAAUCAAUAAAACGGAGCAUUUGUCUAAAUAUUAGUUUGCCCUUUUUUUGAAUGAAGACAAUGUGCAUCAGGGGCUACGGCUGUGCCAGUACAAUCUCGAUACGAGGGUUUCACUCUGCCUGGGCCUUUUAAAAGUUUCUGUGAAUCCCAGUUCUUUGCUUUCAGUUUCAUAAAGUUACCAUCUGCCCCCGUGAAGGCGAUGCCGACCCCUUCCUGGCGCGGCGGCCCUUCCCGGGACACAGGUGAGUCCCUGUCCCCCCA